AUGGAGCACGCGCCGGAGCUCGACGCCGUGUCCGGCCUCGACGCCGUCGUGCUGGGCCCCGAGGCCCCCGAGGACGCGGCGCGGCGGGCCCUGCGCGUGCCGACGCUGGAGCACCACGUCGCGGACCCCGACGCCUACCUCGAGCUCUACGAGCGCCACUCCUGGGCUCGGCGCCGGGGCCACGGCCCCCCGAUGCUCGAGGGGCGGCCCUUCUUCCACGAGCGCGAGGUCGACGACUGGCAGCGGCCCAUGGCCUGCAGCGUCGUCGUCCGCGCGGGCGCGGCGCGCGUGCUGCGCCGCGACGGGUCGGGCGCCGCGAGCCGCUGGGCCUGGCGGCCGGGCCCCGAGGACCGCUGGGUCGUGCCGACGGCGCUGCUGGCGGCGCGGGACCCGGGCCCCUUCGACCCGGCGGAGGACGCGGAGCAGCCGGGCGGGGAGUCCGUGCGGUGCCCGUGCUGCCGCGAGGACCUCGCGCCCGUGCUCCGGCAGACGUCGAAGCCCGGCGACGCGUCGCCGGGGCUGAGCCUCUGGCGGCAGCUCGCGUCCUACGGCGCCUGGUGCCCGGGCUGCCGCCGGGGCUUCGCCAUGCGCGACGCCGUCGUGUUGGACCGGCCGCUCCUGCCCUACGUGUCCGCGUACGAUCUGCCGCGGGGCCACCUCCUCGAGCGGCCCGGGGCGACCUACGUGCGCUUCGAGGACGACCGCCACCGCGUGCCCGCGGGCACGCGCCUCCUCGUCUGCCCCGAGCCCGUCGACGCGCGCGUGCUCGCGGAGGCGGGCGCGGGCCUGUGCGCGGGCCGCGGCGUCGCCGCGGCAAUCUUCGGACCCCCGGGCCGGCGCCGGGGCCCCGGCGACGCCGACCGCGCGCCGGCGCGCUGGCGCGAGGCGCUGGCCCUCGAGGCGGCGGCGGACGCGCGCCGGCGCGACGCGCAGGCCGCGACGCGCGCGGCGAACGCGGCGCGCGCGGCGCUCCGCCAGGCGCGCUUCGUGCUCUGCGACGCGAACGCCGAGUCCGCGGUCGUCGCCGAGUUCAAGGCCGCCGUGCUGGCCUGGACGGCGGCGCUCCUCGAGCGCGCGGCGGCGUCGCCGGGCGCGCCGGACUGGAAGGGGCUCCUGGGCGCCGCGGAGCGCGCGUUCGACGACCGCGUGCGCCGCGAGUUCCGGGGCGGGAAAAGAGUGAUCCAAGGCAAGUUCGCCGCGUGGAAGUUCCGGAGCCGCCUGCUCGUCGAGUGGUGCGCGGCGGCCGACGGGCCCUUCGAGCUCCUCGAGCGCCACACGGCCGCGCGCGCCGCGCGCGUGCUCGCGCGCCGCGCGACGCGGCAGCGCGUCGUCCGCGCGGCGCUGCCCGUGCGGCCCGCGGUCGCCGUCGCGGACUUCCUCUGCGGCGACGCGCGGGCCAUCGAGGUCCGCGUCUUCGCCGAGCACUUCCUCCUCGGCUCCUUCCUCCACCGCAAGCUCGCGUCGGCGUUGGGGCUUUUAGGCGCGCGCGUGACGACGUUCUGCACGCGCCUCUCCGCCUUCGCGUCGACCUACGUCGCCGCGCGGCCCCGCGUCGACUUCGACGGCGUCCUCGCCAAGAACAAGACGACGCUCAGCAAGCGCGCCUGCGCCGCCGUGCUCCGCUGCGACAAGCGCCACCGCUACUGA